UGUUCACACUAUCUAUCCAUCUCUGUUGUCUCUACUACACUAUGGUCCUGUUCAGCUACACACUGUUCACACUAUCUAUCCAUCUCUGUUGUCUCUACUACACUAUGGUCCUGUUCAGCUACGCACUGUUCACACUAUCUAUCUCUGUUGUCUCUACUACACUAUGGUCCUGUUCAGCUACACACUGUUCACACUAUCUAUCUAUCUCUGUUGUCUCUACUACACUAUGGUCCUGUUCAGCUACACACUGUUCACACUAUCUAUCUAUCUCUGUUGUCUCUACUACACUAUGGUCCUGUUCAGCUACGCACUGCAUCAGGUAACACUGUUCACACUAUCUAUCCAUCUCUGUUGUCUCUACUACACUAUGGUCCUGUUCAGCUACACACUGUUCACACUAUCUAUCCAUCUCUGUUGUCUCUACUACACUAUGGUCCUGUUCAGCUACACACUGUUCACACUAUCUAUCUAUCUCUGUUGUCUCUACUACACUAUGGUCCUGUUCAGCUACACACUUCACACUAUCUAUCUCUGUUGUCUCUACUACACUAUGGUCCUGUUCAGCUACGCACUGUUCACACUAUCUAUCUCUGUUGUCUCUACUACACUAUGGUCCUGUUCAGCUACACACUGUUCACACUAUCUAUCCAUCUCUGUUGUCUCUACUACACUAUGGUCCUGUUCAGCUACACACUGUUCACACUAUCUAUCCAUCUCUGUUGUCUCUACUACACUAUGGUCCUGUUCAGCUACACACUUCACACUAUCUAUCCAUCUCUGUUGUCUCUACUACACUAUGGUCCUGUUCAGCUACGCACUGCAUCAGGUAACACUGUUCACACUAUCUAUCCAUCUCUGUUGUCUCUACUACACUAUGGUCCUGUUCAGCUACACACUGUUCACACUAUCUAUCUCUGUUGUCUCUACUACACUAUGGUCCUGUUCAGCUACACACUGUUCACACUAUCUAUCUCUGUUGUCUCUACUACACUAUGGUCCUGUUCAGCUACACACUGUUCACACUAUCUAUCUCUGUUGUCUCUACUACACUAUGGUCCUGUUCAGCUACACACUGUUCACACUAUCUAUCCAUCUCUGUUGUCUCUACUACACUAUGGUCCUGUUCAGCUACACACUGUUCACACUAUCUAUCUCUGUUGUCUCUACUACACUAUGGUCCUGUUCAGCUACACACUGUUCACACUAUCUAUCUCUGUUGUCUCUACUACACUAUGGUCCUGUUCAGCUACACACUGUUCACACUAUCUAUCUCUGUUGUCUCUACUACACUAUGGUCCUGUUCAGCUACACACUGUUCACGCUAUCUAUCCAUCUCUGUUGUCUCUACUACACUAUAGUCCUAUUCAGCUACACACACUCUCUCUCUCCUCUUUCUCUCUCUCUCUCUCCUCUUUCUCUCUCUUUUAUUUAUAUAUCUUCCCACUGAGCCUAAC